GGAGGAGAGCCUUGUGGGUGUGGAGCAACAGACUCUAUGCAUGUUGUUAAUGUGUGUGAGAAGUCUAUCAUAUAUGGGGCAGUACUAGCUAGCUAAUUCUUCAACACUUUCUCCAAUUCUCCAUCUUUUAACUUGAAUUUAACCUCAUAGAUAGAUAGCUAGCUAGCUAAGCUAGUUGUGUGGAUCGACAGAGACAUCAUCAUGGUGUGCCAACGAGAGGAGGAGAAGGAGGAGCUGAUGUUGGUGGAAAAGGUGUGCGAAAUCUACGAGAAAAUCUGCAGCCUUGAGAGCCUGAAACCCUCGAAAGAUGUCAACUCCCUCUUCACGCAGCUGGUCUUCACCUGCAUGCCCCCGAGCUCCAUUGACGUCUCCAAGCUCCCCAAGAGUGUCCAGGAGAUGCGCUCCAACCUCAUCUCCCUCUGUGGCAAGGCCGAGGCCCUUCUCGAAACCCACUUCUCCACCAUCCUCGCCUCCUUCGACAACCCGCUGCACCACCUCUCCAUCUUCCCCUACUUCUCCAACUACAUCAAGCUCAGCCUCCUCGAGUUCUCCAUCCUCGCCCAGCACUGCUACUCCGGCCAGCUCCCCGCCCGCGCCGCCUUCGUGGGCUCCGGGCCCCUGCCGCUAACCUCCAUUAUCCUCGCCACCAACCACCUCACCUCCACCACUUUCCACAACUACGACAUCGACCCUCUGGCCAACUCCAUGGCCGAGCGCCUCGUCUCUUCCGACCCUGAUCUCUCCAAACGCAUGUUUUUCCACACGAGAGACAUAAUGGAUGUGGCCUGCGAGCUUCAGGAGUAUGAGGUGGUGUUCUUAGCGGCUUUGGUGGGGAUGGACAAGGAGGAGAAGAAAAGGGUGAUAGCUCACUUGGGGAAGUUCAUGGCGCCGGGGGCCACCUUGAUGCUGAGAAGCGCGCAUGGGGCUCGCGGGUUUCUGUACCCGGUGGUGGAUCCGAGUGAUCUUUUGGGGUUUGAGGUUCUUUCCGUCUUCCAUCCCACUGAUGAGGUGAUCAAUUCGGUGGUGAUAGCCAGGAAGUUGAUUACCAUUCCUCUGCAACUGGGGCUGCCCUGCAAGUGUUCGGAUGAGAAGAUCCAAGGCUUCUGUCCACUGAACCAUCGACUCAACAUGAUUGAGGAAUUGGCUGUGGAGGAACAUCACUCUUGAAACUGAAACAUCGAAUCUCUCUCAUUUUCUGCUCUCUCUCUCUCUCUCUUGUCUUUUUCUUUCCCAUUUUCCUAGCUAUCAAACAGCUGGUGAUGCAGCACUCUUCCGGAAAUUGGAUCCAUUAAUGAUUGGUUUGACCGAUGAUAUAUACUUCUAUCCUGAAGUGUUUUAACUGUUUCUUUUUUCCCCUUUUUCGCAGUGUAUUUCCCUUUCUUGUCUUUUAUGUGGUAAUUUUGAGCUGAAAUAAGUGAGACCCUUUAUAAGGAAUAAAAUUACCAUUCAACUUGUGAUCCAAA